AUGCAUUUCGAAGAUAUUCAUAGUCAAAGUAAGAUGAAAAACAAUCUUCAAUAUUCCUGUAGAGUGAAGAAAACAUUAUCUAAAAUGUUAUCAAAGGAUGAAUUGAAUUGGAUGUCAGGAUUUCAUUAA